GACGUAUAAAUGUCCACAUUUUAACUGUAAUGCGACCAUGCAGGACAAAGGAGAAUAUAACAAGCAUUUCCUAACGCACAAUAAACCAUUUCUCUACCAAUGCAAAAAUCCCGGUUGUGGGAAAAAAUUCAUCCAUCCAUCAUCAUUCUCCAAACACAAGAAAUCCGGUCAACACGAACCUCAGAGCCCAACAGAACAAAAUCCACAGUUGGGACAUACUUUGGCAGACACACGAAACCAUAUCAUUGCCGAUCAAUAUUCAGUAGAUCAACAAGAUCAUUCAAGUGAUGAGCAUCCUUCAGAAAACUUUAUCAACCUCGACAAGCCUGAUGAUAGCAUCUUCGAUGAUCUUAACAUCCCCGAUAAUGUUGUUGUUAACAUCGAAGAUAUUAAUCUUGAAAACUUUGACAACGAUAACCUUAAUGGUAACAUCUUCGACGAUGUCUCUCGUUUCUAAAUUUUAUAGCAAAAAAAAGAAAACUUGGUCAUGAAAAUCAACUUUCUUUUUUGUCUUGUAAGAAUUAUCUAAAGAUCUCAUAUAAAAAAAUUUUCCAUUGAAACUUUG